AUACACUAGCGCCACAAUUAGAUUUUUCAAGAUAUCUGUUGUUAGGCGAAGUUUUGGAAAUUGUUAUAUUCAACGCACUUCAUUUAAAAAAGUCUUGUGUGGAUAUUUCAGAGUUCACAUCCGUGUCUCAUGAAAUCAAACAAUGGCUUUGAACAAAUAUAUGCACCAUCGUAAUAUUUACAAGCACAAAAGGCCUAAUUUUAAAGAAUUAGCUGCAGAAUAUGACUUUUUUAAUGCUGUAGCUGAAAAAGAUGAAUGCGGUCGAGUCCAGCUUGAUUUUAGAGUACCACUUCAUUUGGCUGCAUUAUCAAAAGCCUUAUUACUUAAAGAUUUUAAAUUAAACGUGGAAUUCCCAGGUGAUCGUCUGAUACCAACUGUUCCGCUUCGUUUAAACUAUAUUCUUUGGUUAGAAGAUUUAUUAAAAGAUCUUCAAAAAUUUUCAGAGCCUAUAAAAAUUUUGGAUAUUGGAGUUGGAGCGUCAUGCAUUUAUCCAUUAUUGGGUGCAAGAAAAAACUCAUGGAAAUUUUUUGGCACUGAAACUGAUUUGAGAAAUUUUUCUCUGGCCAAGGAGAAUGUGGAUAGAAAUCAUAUGAGUGAUGAUAUUAAAUUGUUUCAUAUUGCUGAGAAUUCCUCAUCGUUAGAUGCUGUCUUUGGUUCAAAUAAUAACGGAAAAGAGUCUGGCAGUACAACUUAUUUACAUGCUGUUAUGGCGAAUCCACCAUUUUUCAGUGAUGCAUCAGAUGCAGUCGGUUCAAAGACUUGUCGAUCCUUGAGUAGACCUCCACCGAAAACAGUUUCAUCUGCUGCUAGACACGAAAGUCAAACAACCGGUGGUGAAGUUUACUAUUGUAUGCGAUUAAUCCGUGAUAGUCUGCGGUAUUCAACUCGCGUUGGUGUAUUCACCAUCAUGUUGGGUAAAAAGUCAAGUGUACCUGUAGUGCGGCGAAUAUUGCACAAGUUAAAGAUAACACAAAUAUCUGUAUAUGAAAUGUGUCAAGGACGAAUUAUGCGAUGGGGUGUUGCUUGGACAUUUCUUCCCAACUUUCAAUUUCCUGAAUCAGAUUUUCGUCGAUUGCGUAAAUUGGAACGUCCACCUUUGGUACUAGAACUACCAAAUCCAGUCACAUGUCUUCAUGAGAAUACAGUGGAUGCUCUUCUAGACUGGUUGAGAGCGGAAUUUAAGCAAUUAGGUAUGAAAGUAUUAGAUCAAAAGAAUCGUGCUGAAUUGGGCGGUGUACACUUAAAUAUUACAGCUGAUGUAAAUACAUGGACGCAUACUCGACGCAAACGACGUGAAGCUCAACGUCUUCGUAUGUUAAAUCAAGGAAGUGUAACAACAGAAAACAACAGUGAUUCUCCAUGCAUUGAAAAUUCUGCAGAAACUGCUGUCAUCGAUUCAUCAAAUCCUACUGCAGGUGAUUCUAAAAAUCCGUUGAAACGUAAUCAUAAUAAUGAUUCAUUUGAAAUGAAAGACAUUUUGACAACAUCACCACCACCACAACCGCCAACUACAACACCAACAGAAGUUGACAUAACUGCCAAGAAUGAUACUUGUACCACGCCUGAAACAGUCAAUCCAACUAAGCGUACACGUCUAGUAUUAACUCAUGAAGAGAUUUGUGAUGAAGGUGAAGAUGCCUGGGAUAAUAGUGAUCAACAAGAAGAUCUUUCAGGGAACAACACAAAAACUGGUGAUAAUAAUAAUAACAAUAGUAAUAGUAUUAAUCAAAAUGGUUACUCUUCAACACCGAUAACACAUUUAAUUCAAGCCAAUGUAUUUGUUGAAUACUUGAACUCAGAUUCAUUUCAUAAAGAUAUUGACAAAUCAUCACCCGCAUCAUUGUCAUUGUCUUCAACGGCUGCUUGUUUAUUCCCCGAUGGGAUAGAUUUAAGUGAUGAAGUUAUGCCGUAUGCAGAGGAUGUCAACAGUAUACAAAAGAAUGCAAAAAGUAGCCAAGAAAAUAAGAAGAAUUGUAAUAAUGCUAUUGGUGACAGUGGUGAUCAUGAUGGCGAUGAUGAUGCUGAUGAGAUCGAGAGCGAUGAUGAAGACGAUGAUGCUAUAACUAUUGAAGAGAAUCAUGGACCGUUAGUGAUAAAAAUUGCUUGGAUUAGUGGAACAUGUCGUGAAGCAGCUAAUCAGAUAUUAUUUUAUUUGAAGAAUCGUUUAAAAUGAAUGAAUGAAUAAUAACCUGAUCGCAUAAUAUACUAACUAUCUCACCUUACCUUACUCUACCUUAUCUUACUGAACCACACCAACAGAUUUGUAGUGUCUCGUCUUUUGUAAAUAUUAAAAAAAAACAGACUUUAUUGUAUCUUUAUUGCAUCAUUGUCUACUACUUACUGCAUUUUUUGAUGAUUGUUCUUGUUAUUUUUAUUUUUUUGUACUACUGAAAUAAAUUAAGUUCCCUUU